GCGCGCGCGCGCGCGGCGGACCACAAACCCAGCCCCGAGAGGUGGAGGGAGCGAGAGAUCCGCGGGCCCGGCAGUGCGGAGAAAAGCGCGGAGGGAUCCGUGGGAGCCGCAGUGCGGCGGCGCGCGGGCCGGGCGGGGCGGGGCGCGGCGCGCGCGGCGGCCGUUGAGGGACCGUUGGGGCGGGCAGCGGCGGCGGCGGCGGCGGCAGCGGCGGCGGCGGCGCGCGCUGCGGGCAGUGAGUGUGGAGGCGCGGACGCGCGGCGGAGCUCAAGCUGCUGCAGCUGCUGCCGCCGCCGGAGGAACCUUGAUCCCCCACGCUCCGGACACCCCGGGCCUCGCCAUGGCUGACCAGCUGACUGAGGAGCAGAUCGCAGAAUUCAAGGAGGCCUUCUCCCUCUUUGACAAGGAUGGAGAUGGCACCAUCACCACCAAGGAGUUGGGGACAGUGAUGAGAUCCCUGGGACAGAACCCCACUGAAGCCGAGCUGCAGGACAUGAUCAAUGAGGUGGACGCGGAUGGGAACGGGACCAUUGACUUCCCCGAGUUCCUGACCAUGAUGGCCAGAAAGAUGAAGGAUACAGACAGCGAGGAGGAGAUCCGAGAGGCCUUCCGUGUCUUUGACAAGGAUGGCAAUGGCUACAUCAGCGCCGCAGAGCUGCGCCACGUCAUGACGAACCUGGGUGAGAAGCUGACCGAUGAGGAAGUGGAUGAGAUGAUCAGAGAGGCUGACAUCGACGGGGACGGCCAGGUCAAUUACGAAGAGUUUGUACAGAUGAUGACUGCAAAGUGAAGGCCCCCGGGCAGCUGGCGAUGCCCGUUCUCUUGAUCUCUCUCUCCCCGCGCGCGCUCUCUCUUCAACACUCCCCUGCGUAUCCCGGUUCUAGCAAACACCAGUUGAUUGACUGAGAAUCUGAUAAAGCAACAAAAGAUUUGUCCCAAGCUGCAUGAUCGCU